CACCCUUGUUAAAUUAAAGAUGGUAUUCCAUUCUAUCACAUUUUGGUAAUCUCUUAAAAUAUAGAACACACUACCCUCAACAUAGUAAAGCAGCUGGUGCAAGUGAAGCAAUGGCUCAAACCAUGUUGCUCAUGUCUAGUGUCUCUAGCAGUUAUUCCGUGGAUUUGAAGAAAGACCUUUUCCUCCAAUUGCAGAGUCAAAGUUUAAGGCCUAAGUUCUCUCAACUCUCAUUCAACCCACUUCCACCAUCAACUUCUUCCUUUUCUUCACCCCGUACAUUCACAACCCUGGCUCUCUUCAAAUCUAAGACAAAAGCCGCUCCUGCUAAGACUAAGGUUACAAAGCCAAAGCAAAAGGUUGAAGAUGGUAUCUUUGGCACUUCUGGAGGAUUUGGUUUUACUAAGCAGAACGAGCUCUUUGUGGGUCGUGUUGCUAUGCUUGGUUUUGCAGCAUCAUUGUUGGGUGAAGGAAUAACUGGGAAAGGAAUCCUAGCACAAUUAAACCUGGAAACUGGAAUUCCCAUUUAUGAAGCGGAGCCUCUUCUUCUGUUUUUCAUCCUCUUCACCCUGCUAGGAGCCAUUGGAGGUUUAGGUGACCGUGGAAAAUUUGUCGAUGACGAACCUACUACUGGAGGUGUUAUUCCUUCAGGCAAAGGCUUCAGGGAAGCCCUUGGGCUCGGUUCAGGUCCUUUAUUCGGAUUCACGAAAGCGAACGAGCUAUUUGUGGGAAGAUUGGCUCAAUUGGGUUUCGUUUUCUCAUUGAUUGGAGAAAUUAUUACUGGAAAGGGAGCUCUAGCCCAACUCAACAUUGAGACAGGGGUACCAAUCAACGAAAUCGAGCCCCUAGUGUUGUUCAACGUUCUUUUCUUCUUCAUUGCUGCUUUGAAUCCUGGAACUGGCAAAUUCGUUACAGAUGACGGGGAGGAUGAUUAGACACUAACCCUUUUGUUUGCUUGUGUUUAAAAUACUCGUUUCCUCAUCUAUCAUAAAAUGCAUUGAGUUCGUCGUAAACAAUUCUAUAUCAUUUUUCUCAAUAGUUGCACGCGUCUCGAUGUCAUGAUUAGACGUCAUUUUUUCCUUUAGUAAAUUAAAAUCAUAGUACUUCGAUUUAUCUGUAAAAAUCAUAAUGGAACUCAAAUUAAAUC